AUGGUCCGCCAUCAAUAUUUAACGUCCAUCUUGCGCUUUACUUAUGCAUGCGAUCCGAAGUUCGGGGGUGUUGUUGCAUUAUCAAGGCCGUCGCAGGAUAUUAGAGGGUGCGAUAUGAUUGAGGGGGCGCACGCGACCCUUUCCCUUCCCGGCUGCAUUAUCGACACGUCUCGUGUCACUCCUGGCAGUGACAGUUCGACCAAGCCUUUCAAAAUUCCAGCGAAAAUGCAGACCACUAUGGUACAAGGAAACGGGGAGUGCCCCAAACUACCCUGGAUGAUCGAGUUCCACAGCACGGCGAACGGGAAAAUCCUGAACAACCAGCUGGAGGCGGCGUACGCCGUCAACUUCUUAGAGCAUCUGAGCACUCUGAACGACAGAUCGAAGCCUAAGCGGAAACGCUUGACGCAGCUGGCGGUGGUCGUGCCGCCGAAAGUGUCCGUGGACACGCUGGACGCCUUCUUGAGGGCGGGGAUGACGGUGGCGGUGCUGCGGUUGGACUACUUCACCGUAGGCGAACUCCAGGAGAUGAUAGGUUUGAUUAAUGACGUGAACGCGGAGUUCGGGAAGAAAAUCGGACGGGUGUAUCCUUUGGCGAUCGCGUUGGAGGUGACGGAUAGGGAGAUCAUGACGGGGAAGGUACUCAGACCCAUGACGGAAAUCCAGUUGGAGAAGGGUCAAAAGACUAAAGUCACCGGGGACAAACAAUUCCAGAAUAAAGUCAGUGGGGAGUACAUCUACGUCAAUUGGGACAAAAUUUCCGACGUGGUGAAACCUGGAGAUAACUUGAUUCUCGGACCCGACAAAAUCCGGCUCUCCGCCUACGAAAUCGCCCGCGACAUCAUCAACUGCAUCGUCGAUCGAGCCGGGAUCCUAAGCGACAACCUCUCCGUCAAGAUCCCGAAUGUCCCCCUAAUCCCUGAAACCGAAUCCAACGACAAACUCAUCAAAAUCCACGAAAAGUGCGACGUGGACAUCAUCCUCGUCGGUCCUGGUAAAAUCCAAGCCGCUAAAGAAAUCUUCGGCCCCACUAUUCUAGUCUUCGUGAAAGUCGAGCACGUCUCCGCCGUCGACGUCUUCGACGACGUCCUCAAACAAGUCGACGGAGUGCUCAUCAACGGCGAAAAACUCAUCAUGACCUCCAAGGAGAACGUCUUCAUUUUGCAGAAGUCCAUCGUGGCGAAGUGCAACAAGCAAUCCAAGCCGGUGAUGUCGUCCAUCGAUUGUCACUCCGUCACCAAGUCCAUCGUCAACGACAUCGCCAACACCGUCAUCGACGGCGUCGACUCGCUCUUGCUCCCCCCGGACCCGGACCUCCUCGAGGCCAUCUGCCUGGUGUGCAAGUCCGCCGAGAGCGCUGUUUACCAGAGACAGCUCUUCGACGACUUGGUGCACCUCAAGCCGCCGCCUAUCGAGCCUGUGAUCUCGGUGGCGAUGGCGGCGGUGGACACCUCCUUCAAGAGCAACGCCGCUGCGAUUAUUCUGUUGACGACGAGCGGUAGAUCGGGGAAGCUGAUCUCGAUGUUCAGACCGAGGUGUCCGAUUAUAGCGUUGACGAGGUUCGGGAGGAUCGCCAAGCAGCUGAUGUUGUACAAGGGGGUGAUUCCGAUUUUCUAUGUGUUGAAGAGCGGGGUUUCGUUCGACGAGAACAUGGAGAGGAAUAUGCAGCUGGGGAUGACGUUCGGGAAGGUCAAUGGGUAUAUUAGGGCUGGGGAUGCGGUGGUUAUCGUCUUCGGGACGAAGGGGAAUGUUGGGUUUAGGAACAGCAUGGAGGUGGUGUUUGCGUCGGAGUAUGACACGAGGCCUGAGAACGAGGCGGUGCGUCCUACCUUGUAACGAGUCUCCGAGUUAAGAAUA